UAAACAAACAGUAAAUUAGAGAAAAAAAAAAAGAAGGAAAAAAAAGGAAAGGAUUCACGUUAGUUGUCUCAUGGAUUCCAGCUCAGCUGAACGUCGACUUAACGCCAUUCACGGUCACCUUGUCCCCGUCGUAUGCGGAGGCGCCGGUUCUCAUUCGGGCCUCCGUGUUAACCCAACCGCCGGCGAGUUCCUCUGUGAGCAGGGUUAUAGUGUUGUGCUGCCAGAGAAACUGAAGACAGGAAAAUGGAAUGUAUACAGAUCUGCUCGCUCUCCGUUUAAGCUUGUGACUAGAUUUCCUGAUCAUCCUGAUAUUGGUACACUGCAUGAUAAUUUUAUACAUGCGGUUGAUACCUUCCGAGAUUACAAAUAUCUUGGUACAAGAAUUCAAGCGGAUGGUACAGUUGGAGAGUACAAGUGGAUGACAUAUGGAGAAGCUGGAACUGCUCGGGCGGCCAUAGGUUCUGGCUUAAUAUAUCAUGGAAUACCAAAGGGCUCUUGUAUUGGAUUAUAUUUCAUCAAUAGACCAGAGUGGCUCAUUGUUGAUCAUGCUUGCUCUGCGUAUUCCCUUGUGUCAGUUCCUUUAUAUGACACACUAGGUCCGGAUGCUGUCAAGUACAUUGUUAAUCAUGCAGAUGUUAAAGCUAUAUUUUGUGUGCCUCAAACAUUGAAUUCUUUGCUAAACUUUUUAUCUGAGAUUCCGUCCGUACGUUUGGUUGUGGUGGUUGGAGGGAAGGAAAAUGAAGUGCCUUCAUUGCCACCGUCAACUGGAAUUCAGAUUGUGACAUAUACAAAAUUAUUAAGUCAGGGCCGCCGUAACGUCCAGCCUUUUUCCCCACCAAAACCAGAUGAUGUUGCAACCAUUUGCUACACUAGUGGUACAACUGGAACACCCAAGGGAGUUGUGCUGACCCAUGGAAACUUGAUUGCAAAUGCUGCUGGAUGCAGCACUGGUACAAAAUUUUACCCCUCAGACGUGUACAUAUCAUAUCUUCCUUUGGCACACAUUUAUGAACGAGCUUAUCAGGUUGCUUUACUGUAUUUCGGAGUUGCAGUUGUAUUCUACCAGGGGGAUAACAUGAAAUUAAUGGAUGACCUGGUUGCACUACAACCCACAAUAUUUUGCAGUGUCCCUAGACUGUAUAACAGAAUUUAUGCCGGUAUUGUCAAUGCUGUGAAGUCUUCUGGUCCUCUGAAGGAGAGACUUUUUAAUGCCGCCUACAAUUCCAAGAAGCAUGCAAUAAUGAAUGGAAAGAGUCCUUCUCCCCUGUGGGACAAAUUGGUGUUCAACAAAAUAAAAGCCAAACUCGGAGGACGGAUUCGUUUCUUGAGUUCAGGUGCUUCACCCUUGUCUCCUGAUGUCCUAGACUUCUUGAAGAUUUGCUUUGGCUGUCGAGUCGUGGAAGGUUACGGAAUGACCGAGACAUCAUGUGUUAUAAGCAGUAUGGAGGAGGGUGACAAUCUUUCCGGCCAUGUUGGCUCCCCUAGUCCGGCUUGUGAAAUAAAGCUUGUGGACGUCCCGGAAAUGAACUACACAUCUGAUGAUCAGCCAUAUCCUCGUGGAGAAAUCUGUGUUAGGGGUCCAAUUGUUUUCCAAGGAUAUUACAAGGACGAAGUGCAGACGAGAGAAGUACUUGAUGAAGACGGAUGGCUUCAUACUGGAGACAUAGGGCUAUGGUUAUCUGGAGGUCGGCUAAAGAUUAUCGAUAGGAAGAAGAACAUUUUUAAGCUGGCUCAGGGAGAGUACAUAGCUCCAGAAAAAAUCGAAAAUGUAUAUGCUAAAUGCAAAUUUAUUGCACAGUGUUUUAUUUACGGUGACAGCCUGAAUUCUUCAUUAGUAGCUAUUGUCUCAGUGGACCACGAUGUUUUGAAAGCAUGGGCUGCGUCUGAAGGCAUUAAGUACAAAGAUUUAGGACAACUAUGCAAUGACCCAAGAGCAAGGGCUGCUGUCCUGGCUGAUAUGGAUGCUCUCGGAAGAGAAGCUCAGCUGCGAGGCUUCGAGUUUGCAAAAGCUGUGACCUUAGUGCUUGAACCAUUCACAAUGGAGAAUGGUUUGCUUACUCCGACUUUUAAGAUUAAGAGACCGCAAGCAAAGGAAUACUUCGCAAAAGCGAUUUCAAACAUGUAUGCCGAGCUCGCUACAUCGGAUCCUUUUCCUCAGAACUAGUUGUGAAAUCAAUGCAAUAAAAAUGCAGACAGUGAAAGCCUAAAAGAUAUCCAGAUUUUUGCCAAUGCUACCAACAUUGUCUCAAGUAUGUUUUAAUCCCAUACCUGAAAAAUAUAAUGGUUGGUUUUUUUCUUCAAUUUUUUACUUAGCAUUAGUUAGUUCACAUUAGCAGCUACUUAAUUGUUAUUAUUUUUCUUACCUAAUAAACAAUUUUACAGUUAAUAUGGAAUAGAACUUUAGCAGGUCCAUUAAGGUUA